GUCAUGAAUGGGUUGGCGAACAUGGAGAAGGAACGCAACAGUGUGGGCCGCGCCGACACUAUCACCUCGUCGCUGCGGGCGCGAGAACUGGAAAAGAAGAUGCGUAUGCCUCUUGCUAAGCACACCCCUGACCUGGUCCUUGACCUGCCCCCCACGGAGUGCCAGGGAAGCCCCACGGGCAGUGAGUCCUCCGAGGCCGAGACAGAGGUCGCCUCGAAGGGUGGCGGUAGCGGUCUCGCCAGCAAAGGCUUCGCCAGUCUGCGAAAUUCUGCUAGUGCUGCUGACACCUUUGCCGAACAG